AUGCAACAUUAUCGAGCAUAUGUUUUUGUUGGUCUUUUUUCCGUGUGCAUUAUUUUAUUCGUAACGCUUUUAAAAAAGGAACGACAACCACUUCAAAUCCUGGCUCUCGGUGACUCUCUUACGGAAGGUUAUUACAAUAAUGGCCAAUCUUUUCAUCCAUAUGCAACACAUCUAACAAAUUUAUUCGACUCAGCCAACAUUCCUGUCAAGAUACAUCAACAAGGCGUAAGUGGUCAACGAGUCUUACCUGACAUGGUUAAGAGACUUCGCAGUCUGCUUGGAAAAAAUGUAUCCUAUGACUGGAUUAUUAUAUUAGGUGGUACUAAUGAUUUGAGCUCGAAUUUCUUGGCCGAAGAUAUCUUUAAGAAAGGUUUAGAGCCAAUGUAUGAGAUGUGUCUUAAUCAUGCACAAGCAAAAGCUAAGCUUGCAGUAAUGACUGUUAUUGAAAAUGCACAUUAUUCACCGACACAUAAGCAAGAGAAAAAUAGACAAAACUUGAAUAAAAUGAUUCGAAAUUAUGUGGCUAACGCUAAUGAUCAAAAGAGAGUUUGUCUAGUGGAUCUUGACAAAGGUAUACCCUAUCGUUCUGUAAUCGAUAACACAGAACGACAACGAAUCUGGGAUAAUGCUGUUCAUUUGACACCUGCUGGUUCCAAUGUCUACUUAGAACCAUGUCUCUUUAUAAAAUGUCAUUCACGAGCAUCAGGAUGUAUCAAUCGAUCACUAUUCAAAGGACAAUGUAUUUGUGAUUCUAAUACAGCUGGUAAUGGGCGAACAUUAUUAUUAUUUCUUUUUGUAGAAUGUGGAAUAACGUAUAUUCGACCGAAUGCUCGUAUCAUUGGUGGAGUAGAUGCUAUUGAAUAUAGUUGGCCAUUUGCUGUUCUUAUUCGACAACGAUAUAAGAGAAUAGUUACAUUGAAUAAUAGAUCUUAUUUAAUUUCAGCAUCGUGGAUGUGUGGAGGAACAUUAAUUAAUCAUAAGACAAUUUUAACUGCGACGUUAGAAGUUAGUGUAGGUUUAUAUGAUCGACGAAAGGCAACUGAACGACGUAUUGUAAGAGUUCUUCAAGUAAUUCUACAUCCAUUUUAUAAUGAUAGACACUUACUUAAUGACAUUGCAAUUCUUAAACUUGAAGACUAUCUACGGCCAUCACCUAAGGUUCAAUUUGCUUGUUUACCUUAUUUGUUAUCUGAAGUAAAUACAACAGGUACUGUUGUUGGUUUUGGUGAUACUUUUCCAGGUGCAAAUCAAGGCUCAUCUAUUCUUAAACAAGUUAAUCUAACAAUAUAUCCCAAUGAUUUUUGUACUAAUGUUUCACCAUCAACAAAAAAAAAUUGGAAUACACAAAUAUGUUGUGGUGAUUUGAAUGGAGAACGUGAUACAUGUCAAGGUGAUAGUGGUGGUGGUUUAUAUAUUCAACGAAAUUUAUCAAAUAUAUUAUAUUAUAGUAUUGAUGGUAUUGUUUCUUAUGGUGAACGAUGUGCUAGUCCAAUGAAACCGGGCAUUUAUACACGAGUAUCAAAUUAUAUUGAUUGGAUUCAAGAAAAUAGUGAUUUUGACAGCAUUGAAAUUUAA